CAUUUCCGCCAGCCUAGAAUGUCUCCGCCCUUCCCGCCUCCCUUCCUCCGAGCGUCUUAAACACAGGCCUCGGGCCUACAGCUCUGGGGGUACUUAGGGGGGCGGGGGGCAGGUCUGAUGAGUAACCCCUCCCCCCAGGUCCCAGAGGGAGAAGCCUCCACAUCUGUCUGCCGGCCCAAGACUUCCAUGGCCUCCGCUUCCCGCCGCCAACGCCGAGAACGUCGCUUCCGUCGUUACUUGUCUGCAGGACGCCUGGUCCGGGCCCAGGCCCUCCUCCAGCGACACCCAGGCCUUGACGUAGACGCUGGGCAACCCCCACCACUGCACCGGGCCUGUGCCCGCCACGAUGCCCCCGCCCUGUGCCUGCUGCUUCGGCUUGGGGCUGACCCUGCCCACCAGGACCGCCAUGGGGACACGGCGCUGCACGCUGCUGCCCGCCAGGGCCCUGAUGCCUACACGGACUUCUUCCUGCCACUGCUGAGUCGCUGCCCUUCUGCUAUGGGAAUAAAGAAUAAGGAUGGGGAGACCCCUGGGCAAAUUCUGGGCUGGGGACCCCCCUGGGAUUCUGCUGAAGCGGAGGAAGAAGACGAGGCCUCUAAGGAGCGGGAGUGGAGGCAGAAGCUGCAGGGAGAGCUGGAGGAUGAGUGGCAGGAGGUCUUUGGGAGAUUCGAAGAUGAUGCUUCCCAUGAGACCCAGGAGCCCGAGUCCUUCUCAGCCUGGUCGGAGCGCCUGGCCCAGGAACACGCCCAGAAGCAGCAGCAGCAGCACGAGGCAGAGGGAGCCUGCCGACCCCCACGGGCUGAGGGUUCCAGUCACAGCUGGCAACGGCAGGAGGAGGAGCAGCGGCUCUUCCGAGAGCGAGCCCGGGCCAAGGAGGAAGAACUGCGUGAGAGCCGAGCCAAGAGGGCGCAGGAGGCUCGUGGGGACCGAGGGCCGGAGCCAGCCAGGGCUGGGCCCAGGGCAGAGCACCCAAGAGGAGCGGGGAGGGGCAGCCUCUGGCGCUUUGGCGAUGUGCCCUGGCCCUGCCCUGGGGGAGGAGACCCGGAGGCCAUGGCCGCAGCCCUGGUGGCCAGGGGCCCCCCCUUGGAGGAGCAGGGGGCCCUGAGGAGGUACUUGAGGGUCCAGCAGGUCCGCUGGCACCCUGACCGCUUCCUGCAGCGAUUCCGAAGCCAGAUUGAGACCUGGGAGCUGGGCCGCGUGAUGGGGGCUGUGACGGCGCUUUCUCAAGCCCUGAAUCGCCAUGCAGAGGCCCUCAAGUGACCCAGGGAAGGAGUGAGAAACUGCAGGGAAUGCAGCCUUAGAGGCAAGGCAGUAGUGAGGGGAAGGUCGGGGAUGGGGGUGACGAGGAAGAAACUGAUGCUCCAGGGGGAAGGACAUGGGGUGGGAGCGAAACUUGUAAGGAGUGGGAGUGGGGAGGAUAUGGGCCAUCACCACUGCUCCUUGACUCCUCCAGUUCCUAAUAAGACCUGGUUCCACAUCUCACUCCCGCUGUCUCCUCUGCCUUUUUCCAUUGCUGUGGUUUUCAUCAUACGUGACAUCUCUCCCACCCCGCCUGCCAAAACCCGCAGCUCCUACACACCUGCAGCACGCACGCACACACCGAGAUGGGCUCUCAGCUGGAGCCAGGAAGGCCCUGCUUGCUCCCCCCCGCCCCAGGCAGCCCUGAGAAGACCCGCUUUGCCCACCAGUCUCACUCCACUCCCUGCGCUGGGCUCCUCCACUGUGCUGUCAGUGACUGGAGAAAUAGAUGUGAACAGAGACGAAAAAGGGAACAAAACCAGUUUCCCUCCUCUCCCCAGUUCCCCAGCCAGAACCACAUCCUCCUCCCCACUUAACACCCCCUCCCCCAACACAGGGCUUUCCCUUUGCUGAGUCACUGAAUGAUCUGAGUUGGGGGCAGCUGGAGCUGGGGGCCAUGAGGAGGUUGUGGGAGGACGGGAUAGAAGCAGAAUGGACAGAGGAAGAGCCCUGUGGGGGAGUGGAAUUUCGGUUGCUAAAAUUAGGAGCAGGGGAAGGAGGUGGAAAGAGCCAAAUUAUGUAACCUGGGUUGUCUGUUCUUGGGCAACCAGGGAUCCACACCCAAGGCUAUCUCCCCUCUAGCUCCUCAGUCCUGUGUCUCCUUCUCCGGGCCCCAGUCCUCUCCAGCUUCUGCCCCCAUCCCACACUGGGCUUCAUCUCUGGGCAGUCUAGGCUUGGCCUUCCAGAUAGACAUCUUUUCCGGAAGUUGAGGAAAAGGUCCUGAGGGGCGGAGGGAGAGGGUCUGGCGCUGUCCCUUUCACUGUUCUGUUCUCAGUCUCCACUCGAGUUUGCCAGAACUGGGAGAAGUUGUAGACAGUACCAAACCCCCCUGCCAUCCCCCAGGACACAACAGGGAACUCCACGAAAAGAAAAGAGAGUUACAGGUAUGCACUGGCCUGUGCAGUCUACAUGUACCUACAUCAGAGAAUCUUAAAAAUCAGAAAUGAAUUUUUUAGGUUUGGAGCCCUGGUCUACUCAAGAGAAUCCUGAGGGCAGUAGAGGAUAGGGAGGGAAGCCCACA